CGUGCUCCUGAGAGCACAAUAGAGUUUUCAAUGUAUGAAUUAUCUCUAUUAUAUAAGCCAAGGAAUGAGCAAUGGUGUCCUCCCAAGAAAUUUACUUAAUUACCCUCCACAACAUAAAAUAUUACAUUUCUAAUUUUCAAAAAUAGCUUGUAGCAAUUAAUCAAAAGCAAUUCAAUGCAUAAACUUGCCAAAAACAAAUCAAUCAAAUCUCUAUUACACCCAAUCAACUCACGUAAUGCUCAAUUUAAAGUUGCCAAUAAAAAAGAUUCAAUCAAUCAAAAGAUUUAUAAUCAAAAACUUACCACACAUUAAUACUACAUACACACAAAAAAUACACGACAUUCUCAUUACAGGGCCAACUCAAAUCAUGUUCUUUUGAACUUAUUUUCAGCUAAUUUCAGUUCAGUUAAUUUCUCUCUACAAUUCAAUUUCUCUCAAUUCAGUUCAAUUCAGUUCAGUACAGUUAAUUUCAGUUCAAUUCUGUUUUAUUUCUCUUAGUCCCAAAGAACGAGGCCUAAAUUUUACGAAUAUGUGCUGUGUUAGAUUUUUUUUUUAAAAAAAAUUAAAACUUAAAUUACGGUUUAUUUAAAAUUUCAUUUAAAUAUAGUUGAAAUUCAAAUUAAAAUUACAUCAUAAAUGGUCGGGAAAAAAAUCAAAUUUCAUCAAAAAAAUAACUUCAAAUUUGUGCCAUAUUAUUUAAAAAAUUUGAGACAAAAUACUUCAACACGAAUGGUUUUUGUGCCUAGAUAUUAAAAAAUAAUUGAGAAAAAAAAAUACUUCAACCCACAUUUUAAAAACAAAAUUUUUGUGCCCAUCAUCGAAUUUCAGCCUAUCAACUCGAUAUUCAAAAUUACCUUAUCGACGGCAUGAAGAGCAGCACCAUGAUCGCCAAAGCCAGCUCCAAUAGCGACAAGAUCAUAAUCGAAGGUUUGAGGAGAGUGAACUCGACGACUAGGGAGCAGAACUCAGCGAGAGCUCGUUGAGAAACUCAAAGCUCUAUUCAAAGUCCACAGAAGCGGAGAUUGAGAGAUGCUGAAAACAUCCACAAGAUAUGAAGGCAAAAAUACAUGGAUAGGGAGCACAUCAGGGAAAAAACCAGAAAGAAAGCAGUUUGGUGUACAAGAUCAAAAAUCAAGCUUGUCAACAAGAAACAAAGAUGUGGUGAGGAAAAAAUUCUUGAAUAAAUUGCAAGAUAUGGCUUUGUCAGCAGAUGAAAUUAAGUAUCACUUAGAAGGGGAGAAAAAAAUGUGGCAUUUUUGCACACUUUUUCCCCAACAUUAUGAAUUUGACAAAGACACACUUAUUCAACAGUGGAUAUCAGGAGGUUUUCUUAAGGGUGAUCAUAAGUAUAGUAUUGGUGACUUCUAUUUCAGAACACUAUUGUGUAAUGACUAUAUUACAAAAGCAAGAACAUGGUCUUCUAUUGCAAAAGACAUAUAUAAAGUAAAUACAAAUAAGUUGAAAGAAGAUAAUAGCACAAUGUUACAUAAGAAGUUUUCUCUAUUGAAGAACUUGCAUCAUCAUCAUAAAGUAUCCAAGGAAGUCCAGUAUGUUUCGUUGGUGGGCGAUGGCAUCGACGAAGCAAGUCUUGAGAGAUUGAAAGAGUUCAAGGAUCUUAAAGCACUUCUACUGUUAAGUGAGGAUGUUUCAAGUAUUAGCAAAAUACCGCGAAAUGUAUUUGCAGCUCUCAAGCAUAUGGAGGUGUUGGAUUUGAGUAGAACUAAUAUCUCUGAGUUGCCUAAUUCAAUAGGGAAUAUGAUUGAACUAAAGUACUUAGAUCUUUCAUUUACCCUGAUUGAGUUAUUGCCUGAAACUCUAGAAUGCCUCUUGAAAUUGGAAACCUUGAAACUCAAAGAAUGUAGAAGGUUAUUUAGACUACCUGAAGGGUUGAAAAAGCUAAGAUCUUUGAAACAUCUUGAGCUUGAUGUUCUUGGACAGUUAUCUUUGUUGCCGCGAGGAAUGGGAGAACUUACUGAGCUUGAGACCUUAUCAGCAUAUCUUGUACAUAAGGAUGAUGGUCGAAGCAUCGAAGAAUUGAAAGAAAUGAAUAAGAUUAAGGGAAGUUUUUGCAUAUCAAGGUUGGAAAAUGUUGUCCAUCCUUCAGAAGUUAAGAAAGCUGCGUUAUUCAAAAAGAAGCAUUUGAAGGAGUUGGAGUUGAGGUGGAGUGACUUGCAUCAAUCUAGUAAUAAGCAAGUGCACCAAGAUGAGAUUCUUCAAGCACUAUGCCCAAAUUCUAGCUUGGAACAACUACAAAUAUCGUGUUAUGGUGGUACGAGCUUUCCUAGUUGGAUCGGAGAUCCUACACUCGAAAAUCUUACUAGUAUUACCCUGUUCAAAUGUGAUAAUUCAGAGGUACUUCCUUCUUUGGGACAACUACCAUCUUUGAAGUACUUAAGCUUGGUGGAAAUGAAUAAUGUAAUAGAGAUUGGGAAAAAGUUUCGAGGAUUCGAUAGCACUUCUGUUGCAUUUCCAAGCCUAGAGAGAUUUACAAUUGUUGGCCUCUCUAAGCUGGAAAUGUGGAAAGAAGUAGAGAAGAGAGAUUAUCCAUCUCUUCAAAAGCUCACAAUUGAGCGUUGUUCUAACUUGGUUGCAAUCCCAUCUUCACUGUUUACGCAACUGUACGGUCUCAAGCAUGUCGAAAUAAUCAACUGUAGGAAACUUGCUUCAUUGCCUGAAUAUAUCUUGUCCAUAUCACUUGUGACUUUGGUGAUAGAAGAAUGCCCUUUGAUCACAAAAUGGUUUCGAAAACAUCAAGAUAAAGAUCGUUUAAACACUCAACUUGUGCAAAAUUUGUGGAUUGAUCGAGAGCAGGUCACAAAUUUAGGACUUGACCUCGCAAGAGGUACUCUUGUAUUCUAAUCCAUGUAAAUAGAGUAUAUAUGUCCUUUAUGUAUAAAUAAGGUCCUUGAUGUACAAAUUUAUGUGCAUGUAAAACUAUCUUUUUGGUUUCACAAAUUAUCAUUGUAUUGUAACUAUGCAAAUGAUCUUUUAUAAAUAGUUAUGUAACAUGAAUAUAGGAAGACUGGAACUGUAUCAAGACAGUGCUUGGAUGCUAAAUAAAUUAUAGUUUUAUGUAACUAUGUAAGU